GAGCAACUGCAGAGUAAGCAAACGCAGAGCCACUUUCCACUGCUCCGAGCCCCACAAAAAAGCAAACCAUUCCCUAAAACUCCAAUACUGUUGGGAGGAAGAAAGCGCCAAGGCGAAAAGGAAGGACUUGAGGAAAACCUGAAAAGAAGCCAAGAAAAGUCUACACCGGAAGACGAUUACGGUCUGGGGAAAGUAAAAAGCACCACAACCGCGACCACGUGUUCACAUUUCCACCACUCAAGAAUCAAAAUAAACCGCGUGGCCCCGCCCAGUGCCCGUCACGUGACUUUCACGCGCGUUCCGCUUCCGGAAGAGCCCGGUAUCGGCGGCUGCGGCUCACUCCUGUGCUGCGGCUUCAGACCCCGGGUUUUGUCCUCUCUCUGACCCGGCUCCCGCUCCACUUCACUUUUGGGUUCGGGUGGAGCCCGUGUAGUGAUCUCCAUGGCAGCAGACUCCGGGGCGAUCACUAAUGAGGACUCUGAAUCUGGAGAGGAAGAAGGUAAACAUGUCAAACCUUUUACACCGGAGAAAGCGAAAGAAAUUAUAAUGUCUUUACAACAACCUGCAAUCUUCUGUAACAUGGUUUUUGAUUGGCCAGCCCAACACUGGACUGCAAAACAUCUUUCUGAGGUCCUUCAGGGCAAGCAGAUACGAUUCAGGAUGGGAACGAAACGCACAGAUACAGCUCCUCAGUUUGAAACCACAUGUAGUUACGUAGAAGCUACACUUGAAGAGUUUCUGACCUGGAACUGUGACCGAUCUAGUAUUUCUGGACCAUUUAGAGACUAUGAUCAUUCCAAAUUCUGGGCUUAUGCUGACUAUAAAUAUUUUGUCAGUUUAUUUGAAGACAAGACAGAUAUUUUCCAGGAUGUGAUAUGGUCUGACUUUGGGUUUCCUGGAAGAAAUGGACAGGAAAGUACAUUGUGGAUCGGCUCCAUGGGGGCCCAUACACCCUGUCAUCUGGACACCUAUGGUUGCAACCUGGUAUUCCAGGUACAAGGAAGGAAAAGAUGGCAUCUCUUUCCUCCUGAAGAUACUCCUUUCCUUUAUCCAACUAGAAUCCCUUAUGAAGAAUCUAGCGUGUUCAGUAAAAUCAAUGUUGUCAAUCCUGAUUUAAAACGUUUUCCUCAAUUUUGGAAGGCUCGAAGACAUAUGGUUACCCUGAGGCCCGGACAGGUUCUCUUUGUCCCCAGACACUGGUGGCAUUAUGUGGAAUCCAUUGAUCCUGUCACUGUCAGUAUAAACUCAUGGAUUGAGCUGGAAGAGGACCACCAAGCCCGGGUAGAAGAGGCAAUCACCCGCAUGCUUGUGUGUGCCCUGAAAACUGCAGAGAAUCCACAUGAUACCAGAGCUUGGUUAAACCCAACUGAGGUUGAGGAAACAUCCCAUGAAGUCAAUUGUCGCUACUUAAAUGGAGCCGUUUCUGCUUUUUUUGAUCAUUAUGGAACACCUAAGGUAGUAGAAACCCAAGCGCUGAGCACAAACGGAGAGUACGUGAUAAAGGAAGAAUUAAAUGUGCACAACCACAUGGAGGUAGAACAAACUAGUAGCCACAACUUAACCUUGGGAACAGUAAAACAGGAGGCAGCAAGUCCCUUUGGUCCUGAUCUGGUUCCUGUGAUACCAGGUUCCCAAGAACCACCCUCAGAAAGAGGAGGCAUGUUUGAAAGUGAUGGUGAAGACUUCGUUGGCAAAAAUGGAAAACGCUUUGGAAAAUUGCAUUAUACCAAGAGACAACGAAUGAUGAGUGAAAGUGAGAAUGCAGUUGUGGAACAGAUUGCUUCAAAUAGUACUGUGGCCCCUUCCCAAACAUUCAUUUCUACAGAUGACUUGCUGGAUUGCUUGGUGAAUCCACAGGUAACCAGGAUAGUGGCACAACUUUUGAUUCAAGGAAGAAGUUUGUGACUCUAAUAGAAAAAUGACUUUUUCAAUAAUAUUUUAAGAAUAUUUUUAAAAUAAUAUAGUUUUAAAAUAAAAGAUGAAAUGGCAAAAGGUCAAUUUGCAUAUGCUUAUAAAUGUCCUGUUCUCACCUAAUUAACAUUUUAGUCUCUUGCCACCUUCUUGCAUACACAUUGCUCUUUGGACAACCUGGCUCUUUGUUAUUGGUAGGCCUCUUUCUUCAGUGCCUUUGACUUUCCUUUCCUAUCUCAUCAGCCUGUCUCAGAUGUAAGCCCCUAGUGUUCUCACCAAGAAAUAGUCUCUCCAUCAGCAGGGGUCACCUGCUGCUUGUUUUUGUAAAUAAGGUUGUAUUGGAACACAGCCAUGCCAUUCAUUUACAUAUUGUCUGUGGUGGCUUUAGGGUUAUGGUGGCAGAGUUGAGUAGUGACAGAGGCAGUAUGGCUCGCAAAGCUGAAAAUAUUUUAAAAGUUUGCUAACUCCUGAUCUAAUGCAUCCAUUGGGUGAAUUCUAGCUUUUUGCGGGGUAGGGGUGUGGUUGUUAAUUUCAGUAGAUAUCAUGGACUCUUUGUCAUAAGAUGGUGUGGGAAGAUUUAUGAUUGUUUUAAGUUCUUGAUCUCUUAAUUCAAAUGCAGGUUGAAGUCUAGCCUUGAUCUGAAGUGAUCACAUUUCUCACAUCUUUAGAAUUCUCACUGGUUAACCCCUGUAAUCCAGAGCAGAAUACCAAUCAGGAGAAAAGUAGGUGGGGACCCAAUAAGAGGCCUCCUUGUGUAAGGAACUGGGACAUCUAGGAACACCAGCCCUGGAAAAAAAAGGACUAAAUGCUACUGACUCCUGAAACUAACUAAAAGCUUGGCUUAGUGAACUUGAUCCCACUCUCACUACAUUUGCAAUAUGUGGGGAUAAUUAUUAUCAUUACCGUCUAAGUAAGAAUUUUAAAAUUAUAAAAACAUAUUGGGGCUUCCCUGGUGGCGCAGUGAUUGAGAGUCUGCCUGCCGAUGCAGGGGACGCGGGUUCGUGCCCCAGUACGGGAAGAUCCCACAUGCCGUGGAGCGGCUAGGCCUAUCAGCCAUGGCCGCUGAGCCUGCACGUCCAGAGCCUGUGCUCCGCAACGGGAAAGGCCACAACAGUGAGAGACCCACGUACCACAAAAAAAAAAAAAAAAAAAAAAAUAUUGAACUCAGUAACCAUUCAAAACAGAAAAGAUACACAAAGUCACCUUUUAAGAAGAAUUGACUACUGGCCCCAUCCUUCUCAGGUCAAACUGACGGUAUAAGUAAAUCCCAAGAGAGUACGUACUUUCUGGGAGAAAAGAGGAAGGGAGGUGAACAUGCCCAGGAAAAGAAGGGUCUGAAAAAAGACCCUUCUGUAGCACCUACCACCAUCUGACCACUAUAUAUUUGCAUAUUUAUUUGAUUACUGUCUAUCUCCCCCAACGAGAAUGUCACUGCAUGAAGGUUUGGACUUUGUUUUGAUUAUUGUAUAUUUGCAGUCUUGAUCAGUGCCAAGCACAUGGUAGGUGCUCCUUAAAUAUUUGAGUGGAUUUUUUAAAAAGGAGACCUUGUUGGCCAAUACUCCUUCAGAAACACUGGGGCAGAGGAUGUUGUGGCUAACAGUCAGAUGUCUGUUACCUGUAGUAGGUAUAUCCCUAUUGCAGAAAUAGACAUUUGUCUUCAGCUAUAUAUUUUUUUUUACACCUGCCCUCACUGAGAGCUCCCCCAUACCCUCCUUCAAUAGAAUUCCCUCCCCCCUCCCUCCCCCAGGGUUCCCUCACCCCCUCCCUCCCAGAUAUUUUAUUAUUUGCUACUACUUGGACCAGUGUUUUUCAAGUUGUAGAUUGUAACCCAUUAACAAGUCAUAAAAUCAAUUUAGUGGGUGAGACCAGCAUUUUUUUUUAAUGGAGCAGAAUAUGUAAUUUCAGUGAAUUCAAUAGUAAAUAUAAGUAUUAUUUUGUGAAACUGUCCAGGAAAAAUUUUUUUCAGGGUAAAUAUACUUCAUAAAACUUUUCAGUUAUAUCUGUGUGUGUACUGGGCCUGAUAUAAAAUGUAUUUCUUAGUGUAUGUUGGGGUCAGAAAGGUUUGAAAGCUGUUCUGUGGGCAAAGUAUUGAUUUCAGUUAGAGGUAAUAGUUUCUGGCAUGCAGAGACCUGGGUAGAGAGUUAAGACAUUGAUAUGAAUGCAUUCGAAAUGUAAAUGGGUAUUGGGAGAUAAUUUCCUAAUUUUAUAGAGAUAGAGAUUAUGACACGGCAAGAGAUCCUGGCUAUCUGCAACUGGGGAGUGUGGGAAGGAGAAUAGACAGUUAAAGGGGGAGAUGGUCAGCCACCAAGUAGGGUCCCAUUUCAUCCUGCAUUUCUCAGAAGAGCAUGCCCGAAUGAGUGAACUAAAUUAUUAAGUAAAUAUUAAUACUUUGACCCUCCAGAGGUUAGAGUGAUUGAAGUGUUACACCUAAAGUUACAGUAUCCACAUAUAAGCAGGGUGAUCUAUCCGGUAGGCAAAGUAGCUAGGGCCCCUGAGCUUUUAGGGUCUACAGAAAUGUUUUAGUUUCGUUAAAAAUAAAAGAAUAUAAUCUAGUUUCGAUUACAUUCUUAUUUAUACCAAUGCAGUAGCGAAGUAUCAUGUUUAAUACUUUUCAUGGAGUAAGGGGCCUACAAAGGCAAAAUUGCCUGGGCCCCAUGAAAGUCCUAAGCAGCUCUGGGUAUCAGGGAUAUCAGAAUCAUUUGAGGGGCUUGCUGAAGAUGCAGAUGUCUGGGCACCACUCUAGAGCUAUAGAAUUUGCCUCCUUUGGGAUGGGCCAGAUUUUGCAGUCUCAGCAAGCACCUGAGGUGCUUCAAAUAGCAAAAAAGUUUAUGAAUCUCUGGCCCUGGAGUAGACCACCAAGACCUAACACAGGCUCAAAGUGGGCUUGUUUUAGCAGGGGCUACUUGUUGGGGUCAAUCUGCCCUUCAGAUUUACUGAACUAAAGCUGUACUGUGCCCUUCCUGUAAUUUUCAGCUGAAUGCUAUUGAUACUGUGAGGAUCCCUUGAUGCUGUCAUGUUUAGUUGUGGUCUUUUAUCAGCAGUGGCCUGUGUUUAUCAUCAAGCUCUCCUGUAUUUGCCCUAAAGGAUAAAGAUGUUUAACCACCAAAUAACAUUUUCCGAGCAUUUUAUUCAAAAAGGAGGAAAUAUUUAUUUUAAAAAAUUUUUAUUGAAGUAUAGUUGAUGUACAAUAUUAUGUGUUGCAUGUGUACAAUACAGUGAUUCACCAUUUUUAAAGGUUAUACUCCAUUUAUAGAUAUUAUAAAAUAUUGGCCAUGUUCCCUGUGUUGUAUGACAUAUAUCUUUAGAUUGAGGGUAACUAUAACAUUUACGGACUGAAUCAUCAUACUUGGUGCAAUACACCCUGGUAUUCAGCCUUGCCUAAGUUAACCAAACCACUGGAGAACAAGAACAAAUUAGAGAGCGGGUCUCUCCUUUUUUAUUUCUUACAUUCACUGUCAAGCCCAAGUUCAGAUGCCAGUGGCUGGAAAGCUACUCCUAAGCAAUUAGAAGUCUUUGCCAAUCCACUUAAAAAACAGCAACAGCAAGAAAAAUUUCAAGACGUCUGUGUUUAAUGAAGCAGCAACUAUGGCCCCCUCAACCUCCUUUACUUGAAGUGCAGGCAUUGUUCCCUGGGGCCAAGAAAGAGUGCCUUUAUCCUCCUGGUGACCCCUAGCAUCCAAGUUCAGCAUCUGUCCUGGCUCCCCAUGGGCAUAGCUCUGGCCUCUUGGCCUACAGAGCUUCAAAUGAAGAGACUCUACAAUGAAAACCAAAGCCAGAAGGGACAAGGCCAAGGAAAAAUGAGGAUAAUUCACAGAUUGUCUGAGAUACUCCUGAAUCAGUAACAUUAAUCUAGAAGCCAUGUUCUAUAGUGGGAAGAGCAAGGGGCUUGAUGACACAGAGACCCAGAUUCAGUUGCUGGCUUUGAGGCCUGUCAGCCAGGUGACUUAAGGCAAGGAAGCUUCUCGUGUUCUGAGCAUCAGUUUCCUCAGCUUUAAAAUGGGGGUAUAAUUCUUACCUCACAAGAGUGUUUGGGGGAAGAAAAUAAAUAGUUAUGUGAAAUCACCUAUUAUAGUACCUGGUUAAUGUAGGCACUCAAUAAACAGUGUUAGAAUCUGAAAUUUACCUGAGGAAGUUAAAAAAGAAACUUUCCAUUACUAUCCUAUAGCUACUGAGUUAGCAAAUUAGUAAUAUGACUGCUUAAUUCCUUUGGUUUAUUUAUGCACAAGGCUUUAAAAUCAUCAAAAGCUAGGCUGCCAAGAAAAAUGUGCUAUUUAAUCAUUUAAUCUUAACAUAGUAGAAGGGGUUCACACUGAAAAUAUAGCAGGCAUUAUCCCUUUUUUCCACUGGGCAGAACUAAGACCAUGAAUAAAAGUUAUAAAAAGGCAUUUGGGUUCAACUUUAGAAAGGACCAAUUGGAAACAGGACUGCUGCACUGCACAACUCCAUGGGAUACAGCUCACCUAGUCCCCAAGCUAGACCACAGCCCCCUGGACUGUGCAGGACAUGGCUGCACUGCAGUCCCACAGCCCUGACCGGAGCUGUCCCACAUGUCCAUAGGCUCCUUUGUGAAAAAGCUCCCUGCCAUGGAAUCUCAUCGAUUUGAGGCAAAGUAACAAUAAGUCAAGGGUGUUGAAGAGAUGGUUCCCACUUUGGUUAGAAGUCUGACAGGGCUUCUUCAUUCUUAAGUGGUUUAUGAAACACUUAUGGAGCAUCUAUUGUACAACAGGCACAGACCUCAGCCCAGGGAUAAAGAAAAUUAGACACCAUCCCUGCACCCAGGGAAGAGAGCAGCCCCACCCACUUAGUAAUACUGUGCUCCCCAGAGCAGUAUGGAGUCCUGACAUGAUACCAGCUGUCUCUCAGUGGCAGCUGAAGUUAUAUCACUGUGUCCUCUGCCUGUAAGAUUAAUGUUAUUCUUAUAUGUGGAAUCUAGAAAAAUGGUACAGAUGAACCUAUUUGCAGGGCAGGAAUAGAGAUGAAGACGUAAAGAACGGACGUGUGGACGUGGAGGGGGAAGUGGGGGUGGGAUGAACUGGGAGAUUGGGAUUGACAUGUAUACAUUACCAGUGUAAAACAGAUGGCUAGUGGGAACCUGCUGUAUAGCACAGGGAGCUCAGCUCAGUGCUCUUUGGUGACCUAGAUGGGUGGGAUGGCGGCGAGGGGGUGGGAGAUCCAAGAGGGAGGGGAUAUAUGUAUACACAUAGCUGAUUCACUUGGUUGUACAACAGAAACGAACACAACAUUGUAAAGCAACUAUACCCCAAUUUAAAUAAAAAAGACAGAUUA